AUGUGGGAGGAGAGCUUUGAUACAGAGCACGAGGUUGUCGGUAAGCUCGACUACUCGCCGGUGUCCUGGCGAGAGUACUUCGACCAGAUGGAGGAUGUGAAUGUGGGACCAGCUGACAGCAAGGACGUCUUCAGGAUCUACAAAGCAGGAAGUGAAGGACCUCUGCUAGUUCUGCUUCACGGAGGAGGACAUUCAGCUCUGUCCUGGGCCGUCUUCACAACAGCCAUCGCAAGGAGAGUGACCUGCAGGGUACUUGCCAUGGAUCUCAGGGGUCAUGGUGCCACCCUGGUCCGCCAAUCAGACGACUUCUCCACUCAAACUAUGUCAAGUGAUGUAGCCAAUGUGAUUCAAGCCUGCUACGGUGAGACUCCUCCCCCUAUCAUCCUGAUUGGUCAUGGUGUUGGUGGGGCUAUUGCAAUACAUACAGCCAGCAACAUGUUACUACCCACCACUGGUGGGCUGGUGGCCAUAGACGUUGUGGAAGGCAAUGCAAUGGAGGCACUCCACGGCAUACAGAACUUCCUGAAGGGAAGACCCAAGUCCUUCAAGUCCAUGGACCACGCUAUAGAAUGGAGUGUUAAAAGUGGUCAAAUCAGGAACCUGGAAUCUGCCAGAGUCUCCAUGGUUGGUCAGAUCAAAAGGUGUGAGGUGGAGGAAGUUGAUUCUCUGGAGCAGGCCAGCCCAGUGACUGAUGUCGUCGUCGAGCGCAACGAGGAGUUCUACGAUCAGACCUACGUUAAUGACAAAGAAAACACUGCCACAGAGAGUGUGUACAAGUGGCGUAUCGACCUGUCGAAGUCAGAAAAAUACUGGGACGGCUGGUUUAGAGGAACUUCAAAUCUCUUCCUGGCUUGCAACCUGCCCAAACUCCUGCUGCUGGCUGGAAUCGAUCGGCUAGACAGGGAUCUGACCAUCGGCCAAAUGCAAGGUAAAUUCAUGAUGCAGGUGCUGCCCCCCUGUGGUCACGCAGUGCAAGAAGACAAACCAGAGAAGGUGGCUGAAGCUGUGGCCUCCUUCCUGCUUAGACACAAGUUUGCUGAAGUCAGAGCUCCAACUCUCUAACAGGAUGAGAUCAGCAGAUCAGCAAAAAUGAGCGCCUGAUUCAAACCUGACUGUUUCCACGUUCCCUGAAGACCAGUCCAGACCUCCAUUUUUAUUUUCCACCACAUGUCUGGAUGUGGACCUCUUCCAGUUACAGAAAAAAAAUUUUUUUACUAGCUUGAAUAUUUUUGAUAAACCUGUCUUAAGUAAAAGACUGGAGACAAAGGUACAGUAGAACGUUUGAGGAUAAUGCCAAAUCUAAAAACAUGUUGAAAUUGUAAAAUAUUACUCAGGUCUGAUGCUAGAGAUGUUGGCUAA